CCCAAUCCAUGUGGCACCACCCUGGCCACAACUCCCGCCUCCCACCAAUUCUGCGGCCAUGGUUGCGCUCAAGGGCAUCCCGAAGGUGCUGUCUCCGGAGUUGCUGUUUGCGCUUGCGCGGAUGGGGCACGGCGACGAGAUUGUUCUAGCAGAUGCGAACUUCCCUGCCUCCUCCAUCUGCCAGUGCGGGCCUGUAGAGAUCCGAGCGGACGGCCUGGACAUCCCACAGAUCCUGGAGGCUGUGCUGACACUGCUGCCCCUGGACACCUAUGUGGAAAGCCCGGCUGCUGUCAUGGAGCUAGUGCCCAGUGACAAGGAGAGGGGCCUGCAGACCCCCAUAUGGAAUCAUUAUGAAUCCCUUCUGCUCAAAGCUGGCUGCAAGAAAGCCCUGAUGAAGAUAGAGAGAUUUGAAUUUUAUGAACGUGCAAAAAAGGCAUUUGCUGUUGUUGCAACUGGCUUAUGUACCCCAGCAAAAUCUUUCAGGCUGGGACAAGGACAACUAUCCACCAUGGUGAAGCUGGGUUGCAGCUUCUCUGGGAAGCCAGGCAAGGAAACAGGAGGCCAGGAGGGGACUGUCAUGGACAGUGUUCCUCUGAUCAGCCCCUUGGAUGUCAGUCAGCUUCAGCCAUCAUUCUCUGACCAGGUGGUCAUCAAAACACAAACAGAAUAUCAGCUUACCUCCUCAGACCAGUCAAAGAAGUUUUCAGAUUUGGAGGGUCAAAGGCUGGCCUGCGGCCACCCAGAGGAAGAACGCAGACUGCCCACUGCAAGGAUGAUCGCCUUUGCCAUGGCACUCAUGGGCUGUGUGCUGAUCAUGUACAAGGCCAUUUGGUAUGACCAGUUCUCCUGCCCAGAUGGCUUCCUGCUUCGGCACAAGAUCUGCACCCCGCUGACCUUGGAGAUGUACUACACGGAGAUGGACCCCGAGCGCCACCGCAGCAUCCUGGCAGCCAUCGGGGCCUACCCGCUGAACCGCAAGCAUGUCACCGAGAUGCCCGCCGUCUGGGGGAACAGCUACCGGGCCUCCAAGGAGCAGCAUAAGGGCCCCACCCCUGCGGCGGUGGUGGUGUCCACUGCAGCGGCAGAGGCCUCGGCAGCGGGCACAGAACCAUCAGGGAGUCCUUUGGCAAUGAGAGAGAAAGAAGACCCGCAGAAGGCGGAGGGCGUGCCGUCCCAGGCCCCCCAGUGACUGUCGUCCUGCGCCCCUCCCCCCCAGUGACUGGGCAUCCCCCACCAGCUACUUUGACCUGCGCACUUCCCGAGGCUUCUCCACCCAGUAAUUGUGCUCCUGCCCCAAAGCGCCCCACUGAAGCCCCUGCCCCUGGUGGGCCUCUGGCUCCGUUGCUUUUCUGUAAGUAAAGAUUCACAUCUA